AUGACCCCACCCUCAACAUCCUCGCCUUCAACUAUUUCUCUUCUUAUCUUUUUCACUUUUCUUUCCACUCUUCUUUCUUACUACCUCGCUCUUACUUCCUUUCUUAGCUCUUUUUACCACCGGUUCUCCUCCCCAAAAACUUUCUCUACUGCAGCUCUCCAACUUGCCCUCAAAAAUGCACCCUCCUACGCUCAUUGGGAAGCUACCGCUUACGCCCUUGACGCAGCUCUCGGUAAUGACCGCUGGAGAAACGCUCCAGAAUCUUCUCUCUAUGAUCAUAACCUUAUAGCAGCCCGUAAAGCCCAUCUUGCAGCAGCCCGUUUGUCUGGUCGGCCCAACGAUCUCGCAACAGCCCUCCGUGCUGGUCUUCUCCGCAACAUUGGCUCUAUCGCUGCUCCCGCACUUUACACCCGUGCACACGCAGGAACUAAACUUCUAAUUGAGGCCUAUAUUGCUGAAGUUAUCCGCGGCCUCGAACAUCUCAAUGCACGGCCUAUCCCCAAAGCCCAGGACGUUCCAUUGGCUGCAAAUUCAAUGUUGGCUUCAAGCCAGCUUAAAAGAGACUUUUUCAGAAACACUCGCCAAGCAUUUGGAAGAACAGCUCUUGUUCUGCGUGGUGGAUCAAUCUUUGGACUCGUCCAUAUAGGUGUCGCCCGAUCCUUACUCCUCCAUGGCUUGCUUCCUAAAAUUGUCGCAGGUGCAGGCGCAUCCGCCCUAGCAGCUGCAUUUCUCUGCGCAGUCCCAGACGUUGACCUGCUUUCCACAAUAGACUCUGUCGCAUCUGUUAAAUCAAACUAUAACUCAGCCUUCCCAUACUCUGGACAAAUGGUGGCCUUUGCCCAUCAAGUCUGCACCAUGCUUGGCCAAACUACUUUCGAAGAAGCACACGCCCGUUCAGGAAGAGCCCUUAACAUUGCCCUUGCACCUUCGACCCAUGCAGUACCAAGGCUUCUAAACUAUCUCUCAGCACCAACUGUCACCGUUGCCUCAGCCGUUGCAGCAUCUCUCGGACCUUCCGGCCCUCUCGCAACUCCUGACUCCCCACCUCACCUCUACUGCAAAGAUCAUGCAGGUAAUAUAACAGAAUAUGCCGCCCUGUUUCUUCCAAAAGAUGCCCCAAAACCCACUUAUACCCGUGCAUCACUCACCGAGGAUGACGACAACGACUCAUGGUCCGUACCUUCACGCUCUAGGGACUCACCCUACACUCGCAUGACUGAACUUUUCAAUGUCAAUAACCUGCUUGUAUCCAUUGCCCCACCCCACUUUACCCUCCCAGGUACCGCAGACCCCCAUCGCAGGUCCCGCCCAAGAAACGUGUCGUCAUCUUCUACUACUCUUGCCUUCCCUAACAAAUAUUCCAUCGUUCCACCAAGAGUCGUGCGUGCUGCCAGAAUUAUUUGUCUCCACCGUCUUCGUGCUGUCGCUCGCGUUGCUGGCAUGUCGCCUGGUCUCCGCGCUGCAUUGUUCCCUGACCCUGCGCCUCCGGACUCGCGUGCCGGAGGAUGCACAGGGCUUGCGCUUACGAUUGCAGCAGACGCACCAGGUGAGCACGGGUUGGUUGCCGCCGUAAUUAAUGCAUUUGAUCCAAGGAAGGAAGAAAAGGCAAAAGAAACAAUCAAAGUGGGAGAAAAGGCUGUCUGGCCAGAACUCCAAAUCAUCUGGGCACGAUGUGCAAUAGAAUUUGUCCUGGAUGAUUUGUAUGCCAUGGCCUGCAAAAAGUAA